AUGGUAUUUUCUUAUUUUCACAAAACGUGUCCUUCAUUGUCCCUUAUACGUUUGUUUUUUACCGAUUGGUCUUCUUUAUAACGCAGUAAUCAUGUAACUGUUUUUUCGGCUGAUGUAUUUUUACACCACACCUAAUAUUCCAUGACCUGUUGAAAGCAAAUCACCAUAGAUCACGAUGCAAAAAAUACGAAAACAGGGAUUGGUGGCCGACUUAUGGCCAAACAUCCGGCUAAUGCAGCUUUCCGGGCUGUUCAUCACGGAAUAUUACGAAGACAACAGCGCUUUGAUGCGUUUAAUUCGAAAAUUGUACUCGUGGAUCAUAUUCAUGUUGGUUAUGAUGAAUUACGUCUUCAUGCUACUGUGGGCAUUUACCGAAUCAUACGAUGCUGAUCAGAGAGCCACGCAUUCCGUGACCAUUUUAUUCUUCACCCAUGCCGUGAUUAAAUUCAUUUACUUCAGUACCAAAACCGAAAGAUUCUAUCGCGCUCUGGCCUCCUGGAAUAAUGCCAACUCUCAUCCUUUAUUCGCCGAAUCAAACGCCCGUCAUCGAGCCGCUUCAUUGGGACGAAUGCGUAAACUUUUGAUGGUGAUCGGAUCGAUUACGAUUUUCGCCGCAGUAUCCUGGACCGUGAUUACUUUCAUAGGAGAGAGUGUACGCGAAGUACCCGAUCCGGAGACGGAAAAUGGAACCAUGAUUAUCGAAGCCCCUCGUCUCAUGUUGCCGGCUUGGUACCCUUACGAUGCAGCUCACGGAAUCGGACACCUUGGCACGCUCGUCUAUCAGUUUUUCUGGAUCUUCUACACAAUGGCCCACGCGAACUUAUGCGACAUGUUGUUCUGCUCGUUGGUGAUACAUUCUUGCGAACAGUUGAAACAUCUGAAAGAAAUUAUGGGCCCGUUAAUCGAAUUGAGCGCUGCGUUGGAUACACAAGUACCAAAUGCCGAAGCUUUAUUCCGAGUACCUUCGUCCGGAUCUAAAGCGCCGUUAGUGGAAAACGAGGAAAACGAGGACUACUCCACGAACUACAACAACUACAGAAACAACAUGAUUUCAAACACCAUUACUGGAGGUGGAGGUACAGGUCCCAAUGGUCUAUCGAAAAAGCAAGAGAUUUUGGUUCGUUCGGCGAUCAAGUACUGGGUUGAACGUCAUAAGCACAUUGUACGAUACGUGGCCUCUAUCAGUGAAAUGUACGGUAUGGCUUUGCUAUUCCACAUGUUGGUCACCACGUUCACCCUCACCCUCUUGGCUUAUCAGGCAACGAAAAUAAAUGGAGUAAAUGUUUACGCCUUUAGUACCAUCGGAUAUUUGGUUUACACUCUGGGACAAAUCUAUACAUUCUGCAUUUAUGGUAACGAGCUCAUUGACGAGAGUUCCUCGGUCAUGGAAGCAGCUUAUAGUUGCUCUUGGUACGAUGGAUCUGAAGAAGCCAAAACCUUUGUGCAGAUUGUUUGUCAGCAAUGUCAGAAAGCUUUAUCGGUGACCGGAGCGAAAUUUUUCACUGUAUCGCUGGAUUUAUUCGCUUCGGUCUUGGGAGCUGUCGUCACUUACUUCAUGGUGCUUAUUCAACUCAGUUAAAUCCAAAAACAAAACAAAAAGGAGAAAAGGAGAGAAUUUUAUUGCUGUGUGCUCUAUUCCGAUUUCAAUUAAUCACAUAAAAACACCUAUUUACCUUUUUAGUUAGAUGUUUAAUCACCUUUUUCAAAUUUUUAAGUGCAAUUUAUUUUCAACACAACUUAAUAUAGGUACUCAAUUUUUUUUGAUGCAUUUAUUAAAUAAAAUUAUUAGGUACCUAUAUCUACCAUAUGAUAAGUGAUAUAUGUUUUUACUUUGUUUUUUAUACCUUAUUGAGUAACUAAUUUAUUACAAGAAAAUAUUGGUUCUUUUUUAACAAAGCAUUUCUAUUAUGUUAAUUUAAUUAUUUAUAUUAAUAUAUUUAAUCGUUAUUUGAUUUUUAGAGCGAUGAGCGUUCGUCGAUUUCAAUUAUUUAAUAAUGUUUAAGUGUGACUAGACUGUAUAGAGAAUAAAUGUAAUAAUUUUCGCAUUUGAAUUUUAAAGUCUAAGUAUUUAUAUCACUUAUUUACCAUAUAGUGAGUAAGAAAUUUGAUACAUCAAUCGAGAAAUAAUUCUAAACUAUUUCUUAAAAAGAGUUUUUUGUCAUUUUGUUUUUCUUCUUGUUUGUUUCCGUAUUUAUUUUUUAAGAAUGAUAUUUUUUAAAAACAAAUUCACUAUUACAUAAUAAUAGAAUACUUGAGUAGUAUAAAAUUAUAUCAAAAUUCACUCAAUGUAUUACUUAUACCAUUAUUUUGGAAUAAAAUUAGUAUUAAAAACAG